CACAAUUGUACGAGACUCCCUCAAGCACACAACACAACACCACACAAAAACGCCGUUCUGCAACGGAGCUAGCUAGGGUUUUUCCAUUCUCCUGAAAAAAACGAAAUUCGAAUCCUCUAAAAAAAAACCCUAAAAAGCUACGAAUCCACAAUCACAAUCGAUCGAAGAACAAGUUUUUGUGUUUGUAUAAGGUGUUUUUUAGGGAUUACAACAUAAUCAAAACUCUCCACUGCUAAGCUUGAAACAAUUCAUAUUCAUGUGCAGGUUCGUAGUUAGAAAGACAUAGAGAGAGAGAGCGAGAGAGUGAGAGAGUUAGGGUUUUAGAACACAAAUGGAUGGUGGUGGUGGUGGUGGUUUUGCAGAGUACUUCGUCGCCAUUAAUGGCGACGAAGAAGAAGAGGAGCCAACUCGCCAACGACUCUCCUCAGACCGUGGAAUCAAAUCCUUUGUUAAUGUAGAUGAUGAUAGUGCAAGCAAUUACGAAAAGCAUUCGAUCAAUGAUCAUCUUCAUCAUCGUGAUUCUUAUUCAGGAAAACUCUUUGUCGGUGGCGUUGCUUGGGAGACAACUGAAGAGACAUUUUCAAAUUACUUCUGCAAGUAUGGAGAAAUCACAGAUUCGGUAAUAAUGUUGGAUAAGCUUACUGGAAGAUCACGAGGGUUUGGAUUUGUAACAUUCGCUGACCCUGCAGUUGCUGACAAGGUUUUGGAGGAAGACCAUGUUAUAGAUGGCCGAGUGGUGGAAGUGAAGAGGACGGUCCCUAGGGCGGACAUGCAAAUGCAAGUAAAACGAGAACAAAAAACAAAGAAAAUUUUUGUUGGUGGUAUACCACCAUCUUUGACCGAAGACGACCUGAAGGAAUAUUUCUCUUCCUAUGGUAGUAUCACUGAGCAUCAGAUUAUGCUGGAUCAUAACACCGGGCGAUCAAGAGGCUUUGGGUUUGUCACCUUUGAUGAUGAAGAAACCGUUGAAAGGAUUUUCUCUAAUGGCCAAACUCAUGAACUUGGAGGCAAACAAGUGGAAAUAAAGAAGGCUGUGCCAAAAAGAGCUGGAAGUGAUUAUGGUAAUGAUGUUAGGAUGCAUCAUGGUGGCAGGGCUUCAAAAUCAUAUGGUGGUUUUAGCAAUGGUGCAGCUGAAUAUGGUGGUGGUGGUGGUGGUGGUGGUGGUGGAUACAAUGGGAAAAUGCAUGAUGGUGGAUAUGGUGGCGCAUAUGGUGGGCAUGGUGGUGGGUAUGGCAGCUACGAAGGAAACUAUGGUGGAGGAGCUGCAGGGUUUUAUGGUGGCUAUGGUGGAUAUGGGUAUGGAUUUGGGUUUUGGGGGCCCAUGUAUAACAGCGGUGGAUAUGGAGGUACUGGCUAUGGUACCCCUGGUGGUUAUGGUGCUGGUGCCGGUGCUGGUGCUGGUGCUGGGUAUGGGGGUGGUGGUAAAGGAUAUGGUGGCAGCGGUGGCGGCAAAGGAUAUGGGAUUGCUGGUUCUGCGACUGGAAGGUACCAUCCUUACCAAAAGUGAGUUAUAUAACGGGUGUUGUGUUGGGAUCAAAAUAAGUAUUCGAGUACUCCGACUUGAGUCUGUAACCUUUGGUAAAGAGUGCAUAUCAUUUUGGAAUGUGUAGUUGAUUGUUGAAUGCUUUUUAUAGUGCAAGUUGCAUAUUCUGAUUUGAGGAAACCUUCUUUGUAGCUGUACUAGGUGAGACAUUAAAUAGUGCUGUAAUUUUGAGAGAAUCAAAUUGUACUUGGAUGAUAAUAUUUUGAGAUUUUGGUUCCUCUAUUUUCUUAGAAGGGAAAUUAAAUUUUAGAAGCUGUGGUUUCAAGCCUGGCAUCUGUAUUCUGAGGGUGAUAAUUUUCUGUAAAUACAAGCAAUUGUUAUACUGUUUAGCAUCUUUCAA